GGUUGAACGCCUUCUUUCAGAGCCCGCCAAACCCAAAGUUGAUCCGGAAAGCCAGACUCCGACGGGUGUGCAGGAUUCGUUGAUGGAACGGCUCAUGCCAAUUCAGUUUGAGUGUACCACCGGCGCGGUAAUCAUUGGUAACAUGGAACUCCGCACCAUGAUCCUCCUCCAGGUCGCGCAAGCCAACGGUAUUUGGAGUACGGUACCUUCACGGAGUAGCAUGGAUUAUUACAAGUCCGUCUUUGAUCUCGUCCUCAGAAAACCGCAACUUAGUCUCAAAGAUAACAUGGACUUCACAAACAUUGACAAAUCCAUGCAAACGAUCCAACCUACCUUGCCGACGUUUUGGUCUCGGCUAUGGAAACCUUUGCAAUACCUUCAUCCCGCAACGCGAACAAGGCAGUACGGUGAAAUGCAGCAUAUGCAUGAUUUGAUGAGUGCUGCAGCAAGACCCACCACUGGGCUCGAAACAAAUGAUACGACGUAUCACGAAGAAUAUGCACGUGUGAAUAAUGUUAUCGAAUGCAGCGAAAUGGCCAUCACUUACUAUGCAGAUUAUGCGGGACCUGUUCCAACCUCCGAAGCGUCCACAGGCACAUUCUCAGGCAUUGGCACCGAUAUUGGGAACGGCGGCCUACCGCCAGAGUGGGGCGUGCGACUCUUGGCCUGGAACGCCAUGAUUUAUUACGGUCCAUGGACGGAUCGGCAGCGGGCUGCCAUCCAAGAUUACUUUUUCCCCAACUCUCACCGUAAUAAUUCCCCCACCCCGCGGCUUAUACCAGGCCAAUCGCGGAUGGCCACAGCAUUCAAGUUUCAGUUGGAAUUCAUGACCGAGGCGACCCUUCGAAUUCCUACUCGAGAAAAAUCAAAGGAUUGGAAGUACGAAACCGGAUCAGCCGAGCUGGAUAUCGGCGCGGAUGGGUUUUAUACGCGUCCUUACGGCUGGAUUGACUUGAAAGCUGCCAAGGAUUCAUCGGUCAAAAUGGUGGUUCCCUUCGUCUUUGGUGCCGAUGGUUACGUAACUAAGUUAGACGUCCACCUCAAAGAACCCGAUGUUUCAACAAGUAUAAACUAUGCCUCGCUAUUGCAGCUGCCUAGCCUUGAAUUGCAUGUGGCGAUGCCCACCCCUCUCGUGUGGAAUGCGCACCGCGUUUGGAAUAUCACUUGCAAAGCAGCACGACCUCGCAUUUUUCUAUUACGCGAUCAUAUUUUCCUUUUGCAAGAUCUGAUCAAGGAUUGGACUAGCUCGCCUCCCGUCGAUCUGUUGCAUUUUAUACCCACUACCUACAUACUUCACUUGGAUGCUACCCAGCCUCAUAUAUACCUCUGCGUGAAUGAACACAACGUCAUCAGCAACCCAAAUUCUCUUGAAGACAACGCUUUUCUUGUUGUACAAGCGCAGAAAUUAUAUUUCGACAUUACAUUGCCUCUGCAAGAUUUUGAACCUGAAGUGAACACCAUUCGAUUUGAUGCCAACGUCGAGCAAUGCAAAAUUGGAAUAUCAUUGCAGACGUCGCAUACACUCAAUGCUUUUAUGCAACAAGACGAUGCCCAAGUUGCUGUUUGUUUGGGGCUCAAAAUUAGCGGAUCUUACGAGUACUAUACCUCGAUUGACGUCGCCACUCAUAUUGAAAGCACAAGCUUAUAUGUUACAUUAAAUGGAGUUACGGUCAAACUUUUCGGCACGGUGAUACGAUACCUCUUCAUUUUGCGCGACAAUUACUUUGGCAACUGGAUCAAUUUCUGGACAAUUGAAGAGUAUCGAUAUCGUCGACAAAACCCACAAGAGUAUCUAGAAAUGAAGAAAAAGCAGGGCGAAGCCAAGCCCGUUCAAGACCCAUUUGAAGUUUACGUGUUUCUUGAAGUUCUGGAUGGCGCUCUCAUGUUGCCAGAGAAUCUGUACGAAUGCUCCCACUAUUCACAGUUGGAGUUUCAAGAAUUACAACUGGAGCUUCGAAAUCUCGAUAUCUAUAUGGAUAUGCACGUCAACAUCAGUCCGAUUACUUGGACGAGAGAUUCCAAUCCGAAUCCAUGCAAGAAGCAAGCCCCUUUUCGAAUCAAAAACGCUCGUGAUCCUCGCAAUUUUAUCUUUAUUGAUGAAACGAGCAUUUACGCGCACCGAUUAUUUGGCCCGUUGCCAGAGACGGCAACGUAUUUGUGUCAUUGGGAGUUUGACAUUGGACACAUCACGGGUGAAAUCAAACCGUCUUUUUUGCUGGGCACCAUGUGCUUUGCACAGACGUUUGUGUACAAUCUCAUUGAUGAAGAUAAUGCGGUUCCUGCAGAAAUGACUCCCGAUCCGGAUCCGGAUGUCACCUUUGUGAAGGCGUCGGUUCGAGAAAUCGAUAUCUAUUUGAUGAGUCAAAAUACCGCCACAGGCAUUCAUUUCAAGGAUGGCAUGACCGUUGACUUUGAUAACCUUGUCAAUGAAAAGUAUUGCCAACGAAUCGCAGUGAAAUUGCCAGCCAUUGAAACCACUUGCUUGGCUAACCAAGAUCCCUCAAAACAAGGCAACAGUCAGGAAUCCGAAUUCUCAUGGGUCGAAGUCGCCAAAGUGGAGCUUGGUCUGAACAUUACUCUGUUUCGCCAGACAAAAGAUUGGCAGCAAAAACGGUCCAAGCAACAAACAUUUAUUAGCAGUCAGGACUAUUUUACGCGUCGAUGCGUCAAUCUUUACGAUGAGGAUAAUGACACUGACAGUUCUCGAUCAUCAGUGAACACACUUCAAGAGCAUCAUGUUGGCAUACUCUACGCUCCACCCUAUCGUUCGUUCUACUGUGCCGACAAGCCAACCUCACACAUAGAGAACGCAAGUUCGGCGCACUCCACCCACUCUCAGACGCUGGAUGGUUUCUUUGGCCGAAGAAAGAGUUCCACUGGCAGUCCCAGUAUUUCUUCGUUUGUCGGUAACUGGUCGCCAACUUACAACACGGACGAUGAAUCGGACGACGACAGAAUCAUUGAUCACGUACCCAUGUCUCGAACCUCCAUGCGAAGCUCUGUAUUGCGCGACAAUGAGUCUUUCCAUACUGCCAAUUCCGAAGGGAUAUAUUCGACGCGAUACAGCGAAAUGGAGAUUUCAGACUAUGCCUCUGAUGGCUACGGCGGAGCGAGUGUUCAAUCCAUGAGUGAUAUGGAAAGUGAAGUGGAAGAUACCUAUCCUGUGAAUGAUGUGUUGUACGAUACCACGGUCAAAAAUGCUUACACGCCGACCUCGAUUCCACCAUCCAUUCCCUACAGCGGAUACCUCAAGCGGUAUUCAGUGCAACGCGCCAUUGCAACCCUAGAUCGCAGCCAUCCGUUUUUCCAUCCCUUUCUGGCUCCACCCAAAACUUCGGUAGUUCCCGAAAAGAAGGAAGAACGGUACAAGUUUGAGAAUGAUUCACAUAUCGACACCGAGUAUUUCUUCAAAGAGCAUAAUAGUGCUUCGGAUGAUGGAUCUGACGGGGGAACAGCCAACAAAGCCGAUGAAAGCAAAGGAAACGAAGUCCUUGCGACGACGGUGAUUGAAGCCACUUGUCCUGUAACCAUCUUGCUCACUCCCAUUCUGGUCAAGGUGGUUCAAGAGUUGACCGAAGUCAUUAGUAAAGAUGAUUGGGAUUUGGAAACCAUGCUUGAUUCGCAUCAAAUUGAAUACAUUGGUCAGCUGACCCGAUACCUUACCCAUCAGUAUAUUUGCACUCGGUUUGCCGUCUUGUUGCCCAGAACGUAUUUGCACUUUAUUCAAAAUGUCAUGAUCCCUGACGAUCUGCCAAUCUACAAGCACGGACAAUCCCACAUCAAGACACAGUACGAUUUCCAAAAUACUAUUUUAUGUUCAGCCGACGUCUUUCUCCAAGAUUUUCGCAUGAUCGGCAGCGUCAAAUUCCAGGAUCUGGCAUUUGAUGAAAAACAGGUCUCAGUGGCCGAAUCCAAGCUGGUAUUCCAGGAAUCGCGCGUUCACAUUGACACCGGUAAACUGGGCUGCAAAGUGCGAUACAUUAGCGAACGUCAUGAACCGUUGCAUCAGCCUGUCAGUUUUGGCAUCCCACUUGCACGUCAGCAUCAGCCCAUCAAACGUCAUCGCAACGAGGAAGAAGACCAGACCCAUGCAACAAACGAACUGGUCGUCGUCGAUCUCGAACUCUCCGAUUUCGCAUUCAAAUGGUUAGGCGCGCAAAAACCAAACUACUUCAACAUGGAGAUUGGUGGACUGUCAACGAUUAUUAUUACCGAAUCCGUAGAAAUCUUGGUGGGCGCCGUCUAUUCCUGGCUGGUGUUUGUCGAUGAUUUAAAGGACAUUCUUGAAAGCUUCCAAGAGCGCCGGUCGCGGCAAAUCCAGGUAUUCAUUCAUGAGCUGGCCAACUUUUCCAACGACCCGCACGUGGUAGGCGAUCCACUGUUCCUGACCAAACCUACCAACAUGCUUCGUCUGGGAUCGCGCAACUUUCGCAACGAUGUCGGAUGGAAACUGUUGGCACGUAUGCGUCAUAUCUUACGAUCCAUGCCGUCUUCCACGCGUGAAGAGUUGCAGUAUCGUUUGACUUCGGGCGGCGCAAUUCAGCAUGUGGACUCACGCUACAUGUUCAGUAGUGUCGUGCAGACAUUUUCACGCUGGCGAAGCUGGGAGAUCAGUGAUGACGAUAUUGCUCACUGUCGACUGUUUACGCAGCCUUUCAACCAACGAUCUCAUCAAGAGUCGUCCAUGAUCGAGAGUAGCUGUACCCAGGACUUUGUGCGGUUGUUGACGUCCUCGGUAAAUCUUGGAAAGAUUACACUGCAGCAGUUUGGUUUCUGCAUCUACGAAGAGGAAGAAGUGACCGAAGACAAUAGCAUCUUUAUCCGGUCCAUCGAACUGGCCCUCGACAGCGUUUUCAAGCGUCCCACCAUCGGCGAUCCUUCCGACGAUGUGUCGCCUCCGCGACCCAGUUCCGAUGAUCGCGCCAAGACGCACCCAUCGGAAGGGUACUUGGAUGUUGUAGCCAAAGGCAGUGUCGCUUCCGUGAAAAUAGGAGCCAAUCCGGCCAUCCUUGCUUUUGCGAGACACAUGUUGAUGGUGCAACGUGUAUUUACCAACAAAAUACGCAGUUUAUCCCAUACCAGUAAAGCCACCGCUGUUUCCCACUCCAGUUCGUCCUUCUCCUCUCGCCAUUCUCAAUCAUUGUCACCCGAUGCCUCUUUCGACCUGCAAAAAAUCUUGGCUCAAGUGGAUAUUGUGGCGCAAGUUCUCGUGGAUGUGCAUGAUAUCGAUAUUUGCGCGCGAGCUCAAAAGUUGACGAUGCAAUCCGUGAUCCGGGGCAUUCAAGGCUCGGCUCUGUUGUCAAAUCCACGCUUGACGCCCACGGCGUUCUUUGCCUCUUCGGAGCGAGCUGAUUCCGAUACCGGGUCCGGGGUCCGCAGUUCUUUCAAAACAUCGAGAAAAAAUAUGCAUCACGCGCAGAACCGUAUUCUGUUAGAAGCCGCGGGCGGGGUCGAUCUUAUAGAUGUACGGUUCUUUGAGAUGCAACGACACCGGGAUCGACUUGCCACACUAGUGGAACUGCUGGUGAUUACCAUGGAUCAUCCCACGGUCAAUGCAAAUCUCAGCCAACCGGCUCGAUCCACCAAAAAGGGGAAAUCCGAUACCCAGCGACAACUGUUCAACCUGUUUUGCAAUGUUCGCAAAUUCUACAUUCACGCGCCUCAAAGUUUACUGCGCUUGUAUGGGUUCGUGGAAGAAUGGCGUACGGAACAAGGCCAGCGAUAUCAUUUCAUGUUUCAAAACCUGUUGAAUGAAUGGGAAGAACAGCGUAAAGAAAUGGCCUACAGCAAUAGUAGUAAUCCCGCCAAAGGGGUGCCACUCACUGGACGGAAAUUCGAUUCUCGGUUCCAAGUGCUUCUGAAUUCGGUGGUGGCCCGUGCGGAUCUGCUGCCUUCAUUGAGUGUGGAAUAUUCCAUGGAAGAUCUUUUUGCAUUGGCCCAUGAAAUCCAACCCAAGGGUGUGUCUGUGCUAAAGUACGCGAUCCAGUUGUCCAAGCAAGAAUUACAUUUGAUCACCAAAAACACGGCCCCGGCAACACCUUCCUCUACAGCCAUCCACGACCACGGUGGCACCGUUUUUGCCAUUCCCAGUAUUCGCAGUACAGGCAGUCUGAGAUCGGUAUCGGAUGGUGGUGCGGAUCGACUCAAACUACGAUCCAUGAUUUCCGUGGAUUUCAUUUCGCUGUCACUCAACGUCGCCAUGAUCGAUUCGUUGCUGACGGCCCAGUCUUUGCUCGGCAAUGAAAUUAGCGAACUUUUGGAAGUGCUGUCCUAUUCGAAACAACGUCACCACGAACCGUCGACGGAAGGCACGACACCCGCUUCUUCGUCUGGCAAACCGUUGAGAUAUCAUUUGAAUUUCUUGCUCGAUGGUCUUCGCAUCUCCGCUUCAAGCCCCUCAGCGCUUGUCCUGUUCGAAUCCAAUGCACUGGAAGCCUCCGUUUCGAAUGAUUGCGUAGCCCACGGGGAUCGUCCAUCGCCCGAAGGAUUGGCAUGGAAGGUCCAAGGACGCAACUUUGCCUUGUCGCUGGAUCACAACAGUGGAUCGUACCCGGACGACCCGACGUCGCGAGCCAAGAAAGAGACAUUCUCGAGAAGAAAUCGACUCGCGUACAUCGUGAUUGACUUUUUGAUUCAAAAUUACUUGCCUGGGUGUUCCUCUCAAAUCACGUCCAAAGAUCAACCCAAUCAUCCUUUAGGUUCAUUCUACAUUGAUAUCUCCAAAAUUCAAACCGUCAUGCAGCCCAUUGCGCUGGGAAAAUUGGCCGAAAUUUAUAUUUACUACGAUGCCGAACUGAAGAAGAAGCGAGAGCUCAAGAAACUGGAAUUGGAACGCUUGGCCGCCAAUACCAAACGAUUGGUCCAAUCGUUCAAGUACGACACGGCCAGCAUGGAGGAAGAUAUCCAGUCGUUAUGGCAGGAUAAACUGAUCUGCUUACGGAUUCAAAAGCUGGGCGUUGCUAUUCCUCUGGACACGCAAUCACAUCACUCCUCGUCGGCGAGAAGUCCAAAAGAAGUGAGCGCCUUGUUGUUCUCCAUCGUUUCUCUCGAACUAUUGACGCAAAAUAUCGAAACGAGUACCGCCGUCCUGGAGAAUAUUUCGCUUCAAUGUGUGAAACGAUUUGACCAGAGCAAUGAAGAUCACUUUGUAGCCGAAAAACAUUCCCGCAUGAACCAGAUGCUGCUGCCAUCGAUUGUGUGUAAACUGUAUGCGCAGAGUCAGAAAUCGAGACAGUCGUUAAAGAUCGAUGCCAAGGUGGGCGGAUUCGAAGUGGAUCUGGACGGCACCAUUGCCGAUUACAUCAACAGUUUGAACGACAUUUACAUCAAGAGUAUGGACCGUGUCAACGAAUUUGCCGUCAACACCAAGCUUAUGACAAAGCAAGAACCUGAAGAGAAAGGAAGCGAAGUGGUAAAUCUGGAGAUCAUUGGCGUGUUUGAAUAUCAAAGCGGAGUGGUGCGAAUGUAUCCCAAACGCCAUUCGGGAGACACGGUACGAAGAAAGAGCCCAAAGCAAAGCCUGCGCAUCAAAACCGGGAUGGAGUCCUUAUCACGGACCACCGAAGGCAACGUCGCUACGCUCAAGUUGCCGGGAUUGAAUGCAUGGAUGAUUUAUCAAACGUCGCUUGGCGCGCAUGCCUCCGGAUCCGAUGCUCCACGACGAUUCCACGGCGAUAUCCUUAUCCAUGAAAGUAACAACAUUUUGCAUCCUUCGCUUGUGCAAUUUCUUCGCGAAGUGGUGGCCGGUCUGAAACUGGGAAUGCAGGAAUCCAGCGAACGUAAAGCCGAACGGUCCACCACCACUACCACCACCACCACCGACGUGGAUAAUCUGGAUGCGUCGGUUCUGGUCCGCUUGUCGCGUACCAAACUGGAUUUGAGCUGCCAGCCGACGUCGAAAGUGGUGUGUUCCUUGGGCUGGGACCAAAGUCAAUUCUUGCUCAAUGCUUUUUACGAUCCUGCGGGAACCCGCGUAAUGAGUUGUGUGGCGUCGAUCCAUGAUCUGUCGACCACCAUCAAACAUCACUUUUCACCGGAAGCUUGUCUGACAGCCAAGGUCGAUGAACUGGUUUUCAAUGUCACGCUGAUGUUACCUCGCGACAGUGCGAUUCACCGAAACGACGAUAUUUCGGUGGUGGUGAAUAUUCCUUGUAUCCACACCGACCUCAACGUUCGCCAUUUGCAAGAUCUCCUGACAUUGUACGCGUGUUGGUUCAAUCAAGCUAUUGUGCCAGACACGACGCCGGCACAGGCGGAUCACAACACCAGCAGCAAGUUGCUUCCUUCCGACACGAUCGUGGAAGAAAACGAUACUGAAUCGGGUGAAUCGGCGUCGUUACCUACCAAGCCUUUUGCCAAACACAUUGCGGUGCACUCACAGACCGUCAAUCUGUCGGUUGAUAUGGGUCAAGCCAUUGGCAAAAUUGCACUCGUACCGAACAAUGUUUCCAUGACGGUGUAUCACGUACCAAUGCAAUGCAAGGGGCUCAGUUUUUCUUUUGAUCACAUUGAUGUCUCAUCGGAAGGCCGACUUUCCGGCGACGCUCAAUUGCAACGGGUUCUGGUGAAUGUGAGUCUGAAAGUCCAGGACGGCGUCCAAGCAUACAGUUCGUCUUCUCAUGUGAUCCUGGACGGUGCCCGCGCGACGUUUGAAUACGAGUAUCAAAAUAUCCUUGAUCUUGUGCAAGAUCCCAUUGAGCUAACGUCGAUAAUUCAACCGAAAGAGGGUCAAUACGAAAUGACGACGUCGAUCCACAUGCGGGCAAUGAUUGUACGAUUGUCGAUUAAAACCGUUCCUGUGAUUAUCACCAUGUACCGACGCUUUAUGGAGCUACUGGAGAAGAAGAAAAUGGAAGCCGGACUGUUGGACAUGCCUACCAUGCCAGCCAUGCCUGCCGUGCCUGCCGCGCCUGUGCGGGAAAACGUGACCACCACGCAACCCACCCAGUCCACUUAUACUUCGUCAGCCGUUUCCGCAGAGGCUCGCAAAGACUCACCAGCAUUGCAACUUGUUCACCGCCAUGUGCACAUACAAAUGGAUGGCCUCGAUAUUGUGAUUUAUCCCAACCAGUUCCAUGACGUGGAUAAUGUUGAGGUCCAUGCCCGACAGAUUAAUGCCAACUUGAGCGAAGCGCCAACGAGUGACGAAGGAAUGCAUCGUGUCUUGACAAUCAAUUUAUUGAACGCGGCUCUGCUAAAGAACGUGUCGAGCAAGGAUCUCAUGGCCCAAGACAGGACCUUGGCGGUCACCGCCGAAUCCAAGACCAAGAGCUGGGGUGGUACUCGCAUCUUUACCAUUCCAACAACACGUCUAACGAUGGAUUCCAAUCAGAUCAGUCAGGCUGUCGAUCACACGUUUGCAGCCAAUUUCGAUGGUCGUGUCAACGUUUCACUGAACCUUGGGUUGAUGAAAUAUCUGCAAGAAAUGUACAGCAUGUAUAAGAACCAACUGGAGCGGGCCAAGGAAAGCGAGCUGGCAAGACCGUCACCAAGCACCACACCGGGCGAAACAAAUGCUCCCAGUCUUGCCGGUCAUGACGAUACGGAAAGUGUUGACAGUGGCGUGGGUGUGAACAAACGAAAAGCAGCUUCACUCCAUCGAAAACCUUCAUCUGCUUCCACCGAUCCACGAGAACCCAGUGACAGUCCUGAACCGGACAAAUUACCACCGACCGGUCCCAGCGAAGCCAUCAAAUAUCGUGCAGUUCAACCGGUCGAUUUCUAUCCGCAGCUCCAAGUGAUGGGCGAUGCCACGCCACCGAUGGAAUGGCUUGGUCUGAAACGAGACCGACUACCUGCCGCGAUUCACGAAAACAUUACACUGCCCCUCGAUGGUCUCGUACAAUCUUUAUGGAAAACAUUCGAGGAACAAUGCCAAUAAACGUUGAACAAAUAAACAAUGCAGUGUUUGGCCUAAUUAAUGAUAAACUGAUCGCUUUAUGACAUUGUAUCCGUUACUAAGGUUUCCCCAACAACAAAAAUUUUG